AUGACCGGCUCCUGCUGCGGCUCCACCUUCUCCUGCCUGAGCUAUGGGGGAGGCUGCUGCCAGCCCUGCUGCUGCCGCGACCCCUGCUGCUGCCGCCCCGUGACCUGCCAGACCACCGUGUGCCGCCCCGUCACAUGCGUGCCCCGCUGCACGCGCCCCAUCUGCGAGCCCUGCCGCCGCCCGGUGUGCUGCGACCCCUGCUGCCUGCAGGAAGGCUGCUGCCGCCCCAUCACCUGCUGCCCCACGUCGUGCACGGCUGUGGUGUGCAGGCCCUGCUGCUGGGCCACCACCUGCUGCCAGCCUGUGUCUGUGCAGUCCCCCUGCUGCCGGCCCCCCUGCGGCCAGCCGACCCCCUGCAGCACCACCUGCAGGACCUCCUCCUGCUGA